CCUUGAAUGUCUAGCAGUUAAUGUUAUUCUCUCACCAAAAAUGAAUGUCAAUGUUGCAGUAUUGUACAAUCCAAAGUUCCUUUGUCCACUGUGUGUAAUAUAAUCAAGAAGUUAAUAACCUAUGGAACUGAGGCUAAUCUUCCUGGACGGGGAUGGAAGAGAAAAAUUGAUGAAAGAAUGCAAUGCAGGAUAGUUUGAAUGGUGGAUAAACAUCCUCAGUCAACUUCUACACAAAUUCAGUCUGUCCUGCAGACUCAGGAUGCAGAAGUGUCAGCUGGGACUAUACGUCAUCAUCUGAAUGCUGGACAAACUGGAGACAUAUUAUGUUCAAAAUCAGUGAAAGCACUGAUUUUGCAUUAUAUGUUCCCUUUAGUACUUACGCAUUGGCUCAAUAAAUUCUUAUUACAUUUUCCAUAUUGAAUUUAGGAGAGGCAGGUUUACGGUUUGGUAUUGUAAUGAAGAGACGUGCUAACACUUAAUACAUCAGUGUUUGCUGCUCAGAUUUAUCUGAUCAGUCAGUCAGAAGUCAAAAUGGCAGCUGCAGAAAAGAUUUAUUGCCACUAUGAAAAAAAAUUUAAAAAUACACUUGCCUUGUCUUUAAAAAGCCUGAAAUGAAAGAAAACCUGGGGAUGACAAUAGACACAUGAAAAGCAAAAGGGGUAAGCUGUGGGAAAAGCUUGGCUUAAUGAUUUGAACAGUCUUUUUGAAAUGUAGUGUUGAUUGCUUUGUUAUUUGUUAGAAACACAUUUGGAUGACAUUUUCUCAGGUUGCCCCCCCUCCCCUUUUCUUUCUGUACACAACAUUUAGCCUAUCACCGUCUCUGUGCACAGGUAACUUGGGAUCGCGCUGAUGAAAAGCAUCUGCGAGGCUGAGCGGUGGACGCGCACGGACUCGAUCCGCCCUUCCUCCCACCGCGUCCGGGAAGCAGCGCUGCCACCCUCAGCCCGGGAUGGCACCGGGAGGGCAGCAGCACGCACGGAGCUGCCCUCCAUCCGCUGGAAGUCCCCUCACUGCCCUCAGCCGGAUUUAACCUACUUGCCGCACCGCAGAUGCAGCAGACAGUGAGGCUGGCAGCUGAAGGUAGAAUGGACCAAACCCUCUGGUCCCAUCUGUAACUCUGGAGAUGGAUCCGACACCCGUGCACACAGGAGAAGACAGUGAGGUCCAUCUAAAGGGCUUGGGCCAAGUCAAUGAGAAGAGGAUGCCACAGCGCCCCUUGUGGGAGCUGCCGUGCCACUGUCCAACUGCCCCCCCACACUUUUCUUCCUGGAUGAUGGAGGGAGAACCCUUCACCUCUGCUCUCUCUUCUCUGCUGUACUCUGCCGGGGGACACUUGGUCGCCCUCUCUUCGUCCUCGUCCUCAUCUUCCUCCUCGUCUUCGUCUGAUUCAGCCAUUGCUGCAAUGUCCCUGGAGCAGAAGACAACUUUUGCCUUAGUCAUUUUCCUCUUUAUUUUCCUCCUCAUCCUCAUUGUGCGAUGCUUCCGUAUCCUGUUAGACCCAUACCGGAGUAUGCCGACCUCCACGUGGGCUGAUGGUCUUGAUGGUUUGGAGAAAGGCCAGUUCGACUACACUCUGGCCUAGGGCAUUAUACAAUAGAUACACAUUGCCCGUUCUUGUACUUCAUCAUUUUGCACUGCCUUUUUCAGAUGUGCACACAUAGGUAUUUUGCCUUACAUGUGCAAAUGAUUAGCACAUAAGAUGGGUGUAAUAUAUAACAUUUUACUCCAUGUGGUUCAAAUGGACUUUAGAUGCAGCUUACCUUGGCAGGCUUCUACUUAAAAGUGAAAAAGUUUCAAUACAGCAAAAGUGGAUGUAUGAUAACUUGAAACUGUUAUAUACUACAGAACAAAGGUUUGGAAGCAAGAUCAAAUUUGUAGAAAAAACGAUCAUAGUUUCAUGGGCAUACUUUGCAACAAAAUAAACAUGAUUAUUAUAUAAAGAGUCACUCAUCAGAAAACAGUUUUACUAUAAUUACUAUAAUAUCAGGUUAUUUGGGUUUUUCUUGCUGAGACUUUGCUUUCUUCAAAGUAACCUCCUCUGGCUUUAACAACAGCAUGGCAUAUACGAGGCAUUUGUUGCACAGAUUUUCUAAGGUAUGUACCAUCAAUUGCAUUCCAAGCUUUCUUAAGUUCAUCAGUGAGAGACUGCUGAUUCAUGGCACACACUUUUCUGACUGAUCAAUCCAAUUCGUCUCACACAAGCUCAACUGGAGAGAGGUCUGGAAACUGAAGGAGCCAAACCAGCUUUCAAAGGACACGUUCCUCCUCUUUUUCUGUCUAGUAACCCUGACAGAGCUCAGAAGAAUUCUUAGGGUCAUUAUCUUACUGUAAAACAAACUUUCAACCCACAAGUCUUAGUCCAGAUGGAAGUGCAUGAUGCUGGAGGAUGGAGUGGUACUGUUCCUUCUUCAUGAUACCCUUUACUUCAAACAAAUCUAUUUUAUCACCUGCAAAACAUCCCCAUACCAUGGCACUACCACCUCCAUGCUUUAGUGUGGGUGUUGUGCAUGAUGCUUUAAGAUUUUCACCAGUUUGUCUGUGGACAUAGACUCUGCUAUUUCAACCAGAUUGUUCAAACUUGUUCUCGUCGGUCCAGAGAACUUAUUUCCAGUUAUCAUAGAUCCAAUUUUUGUGAGAGAGACAGAGUGAGCAUGAAAAUGUUUCCUGACACUAUAAAGUGAACUGUCAUAGAGUGAUAUAUAAUUUUGUUUGAAUAUGGAAAUAACAGCACACAUUUUCAGUCUGUUUGAAAACACUGAUAGCCAUAUUGUUCCACCAGACUGUUCACAUAUUCACAUGGACGACGAAUGUUUCAAGAAUGAAAAGAAGAGCUGAGAGAAACUUAUUUCUUUCCCCUGCACAGUAAUCCAGUCACUGUGGGGCUCAAUAUGAGUUUGGGUGCCAGGACUUUUUUUAAAAUUGGUGAUCACGUGAAAAAGUAGUGUUAUGUUGCUGUAUACAACUAUGCUAGAUUUUUUAAUAACAUUUUUGGUUUUGGUUUUGAAAGAUGACGAUGAAAGAAAAUGUUAAAACUUGGCAGCACUUCUUGAAGUUGUAACUGUUCUGUUCUACUUUGGUACUUGCUCCAAAGGUGCUCCUUACAGAAAUGUUUUGAAAGCACUUUCAUAAUCAAACCAUUCAGUGAGAUAGGCAUCAGGGUUUUACGCUAACAGGGUAGGAAUGUUGAGAUUCAAGUUGAGGUUGAAGUUGAGUUCUUCCAUGCACAAGCAGGUUGAUGAAGAUUAUUGAUAGUGGAAAUUGUUGCUAGGAGGCAGAUCAUCCCUGGUAAUAAAUAGUGGUGGCACUCAGAAUGUGUAGUAUUGUUAAGGUAAACAGCAAAAAAAACAAGCUGCAUUUAUUUUACUGACAAACUUUAAACUCUUGUGAGGCUUCUUAAUCUGCUGCUGUGCUGUCUUCCUAUACUCAUACACUGACCGCUCUGUUCAUGGGUUUUAUUGCACAACGUGGAUCCAAAGCUUUAAAUAUGUGAAUGCACAACAGCAAAGCACAAACAUCACACACCACACAUGUGUAGUAAAAAGCUAACUUUUAUAAGCUUAAAGACACAGUGGACUUGUCAGCUUUAACAACAAGAUGUUCAUUAUCUUGCAGCUGUUGUUCACCUUGUUCCCUGCUGCAAUUAACAACACAUUUUCAUUCAAGAAUAAAUCAGGUCACAAAGUAUCAGAUGGAUUACAAUGAGAUGAUGUACAGACGUCUGUGGUCCCCACUGAAGCAGUCUUAAUGGUUUUCCUCAUAUCCUGUGCUAACAAUGUCCCAUCAGCUGCAGCUACAAAGUCUUUUUUUUAAUCUCAAAGAAUAUUACAAAAUAUGAAACAUUUCCUGGCCAAAUUGCCACAUUGACAUCAUAAUAUCAUCAAAGUGGUUAGCAAUCUAAAAAUGCCCUCUGCCUGCAAAUACUUAUGUGAACUGGGUUUGACAUUAUGAAGCAUAAUAGUGAGUAGCAGUACCUUCUGGUAUGCGCGUAGUUGAUAAUGACCUAAAACAUAAGUCCAAGCUAUACCAGAACUACCUUAGGAAAAAUGAACACGAUGGUCAGCUUAAAAACAUGGAGUGUCCAGCACAGUCUCCAGACUUAAACCCCAUGGAGCUGGUUUGGGACGAACUGGUCAGAAGAGUGAAAGCAAAGCAACCUACAAAUGCCACACAUUUGAUUUCCUUUGUGGAAACAAUGCCACGAGUGUGUUCAGCUGUGAUAUCUGCCACAGGUGGCUACUUUGAUGAGUCAAAGGCAAUGUUCUGAACCAAGUUUCAGCCAAGUUUCAAUUAUUAUUUUUUUUGUUGUUGUUUUUGAGAAAUAGUGCUGACAAAAAGUAUUAAAAGUUACCAAAAGAAUA